AUGGGAACGCUCACGUGUAAUGAGCCCGUGAAGGGAGGGGCGCAGACAAACGUUUUCUUCAUAUGUUUCCAACUGUCAGGAUCCACUGAAAAAGACCUCGCAGCAAUGGCGGAGGCUCAUCAGGCAGUAGCAUUCCAGUUCACAAUCACACCAGAGGGUAUUGAUCUGCAGCUGUCCUAUCAGGCCCUGAACCAGAUCUACCUGUCCGGAGUCCGAUCCUGGAAGAAGCGAGUCAGCCGCAUGAAGAACAGAGUGAUAAAGGGAGUCUAUCCUGCUAGCCUUUCCUCAUGGCUCUUUGUUGCCAUAGGGAUCCUGGCUACCAUGUAUAUGCAGUCAGAUCCCAGCAUGGGGCUCAUCGCAAAGAUACAGCAGCAUCUUCCAUUAAGUCUCCAUGUUUUACUCAGCAUUCAGGGUCAAACCAUGUUGUCAGCCCUGGUCUUCAGCACUCUGCUGUGGCUCUCCCUCAUCCUCGCCCUCCGCUUCUGCCUAAAGCUGCUGCUCUCCUAUCACCACUGGAUGUUCGAGCAGCAUGGGAGAGUUUCCAACACCACCAAAGUCUGGGUGACUCUGAUGAGGUUAUUUUCAAGAAAUAAGCCUUUGCUCUACAGCUACCAAACCUCCCUUCCUCACCUUCCUGUUCCUGCCAUACAGGACACACUGAACAGGUAUCUGGAGUCAGUGCACCCUCUGCUGUCGGAUUCAGAAUUUCAGCUGAAGACAAACUUGGCCAAAGGCUUUGAGUUGUCCCUGGGACACCGGCUCCAGCGCUACCUCAAACUUAAAGCUCUGUGGGCCACCAACUAUGUAAGCGACUGGUGGGAGGAAUAUGUCUACUUGAGAAGUCGAGGGCCGAUAAUGGUCAACAGCAAUUACUAUGGCAUGGACUUUCUGUAUGUGACGCCAACAUCAGUGCAGGCAGCCCGAGCAGGAAACACCAUCACUGCUCUCAUGCUCUACCGACGCAAAAUAAACCGAGAGGAGCUCACACCGAGUCGUGUUCCAGGUACUGUGAUCCCUCUGUGUGCAGCUCAGUGUGAAAGGAUGUUCAACACAAUUCGAACACCAGGAGUUGAGACUGAUGAGCUCAGGCACUGGCAGGACAGUGAGUUUGUGGCGAUAUACCAUAAGGGACGAUAUUUCCGAUUGUGGGUGUACCGGGCGGGUCGGCUGCUCUCUCCCAGAGAGAUCGAAUAUCAGAUCCAGAGAAUCCUGGACGACCCUUCACCACCGUUUCCUGGAGAGGAAAAACUGGGAGCUCUAACUGCAGGAGAACGGAUCCCCUGGGCUCAGAUGCGCCAGCAGUUCUUUAGCUCUGGUGUUAAUAAAAAGUCUCUUGAUGCCAUUGAGAAGGCGGCGUUCUUCAUAACGCUUGACGAUGAAGAGCAGGGAAUGAAAGGAGAUGACCCCGCAGGAAACCUGGAUCGCUAUGCUAAGUCUUUGCUCCAUGGCAAAUGUUACGACAGGUGGUUUGAUAAAUCUUUCUCCAUUGUGAUCUACAAAAAUGGGAAGAACGGCCUGAAUGCAGAGCACUCCUGGGCUGAUGCACCGACAGUGGCUCAUCUUUGGGAGUACACUCUCGCUACAGACGCCUUUCAGCUGGGUUACACUGAGGAUGGACACUGUAAGGGAGAAGUGGAGCUCUCGCUGCCUCCGCCUCAAAGGCUCGUGUGGGAAAUCUCUCCAGAGAUUCAGGCUCAGGUCUGCAGCUCUCUGGCUGUCGCCCAGGCUUUGGCAGAUGAUGUGGACUGCCAUGUCUUUCCCUUCAGGGAUUUUGGAAAAGGUUGCAUCAAGAAGUGCAAGAUCAGCCCCGAUGCCUUCAUACAGAUAAGCUUACAGCUGGCCUACUACCGGGACCGAGGUGGUUUCUGCCUGACAUACGAGGCAUCAAUGACUCGUCUGUUCAGGGAGGGUCGAACAGAAACCGUCAGAUCCUGCUCCAAAGAAAGCUGUGAUUUUGUCAAAGCUCUGGAAGGUGGAAAAACAGAGGAGGAGUGCAGGCGUCUUUUCCGACAGGCUUCAGAAAAGCAUCAGAACCUUUAUCGAAUGGCCAUGACUGGAGCUGGGAUAGAUAGACACCUUUUCUGCCUCUAUGUGGUUUCCAAAUACUUAGGAGUAAAUUCACCUUUUCUGCAUGAGGUUCUGUCUGAGCCUUGGCGCCUCUCCACCAGUCAGACCCCCGUUCAGCAGCUGGAGCUGUUUGACCUGAAGAACCACCCGGAUUACAUAUCACUUGGUGGAGGAUUUGGACCUGUUGCAGAUGACGGUUAUGGGGUUUCAUACAUCAUUGUUGGAGAGGACCUUAUAAACUUCCAUGUGUCAUCAAAGCACUCCUGCAGUGAGACUGACUCCCACAAGUUUGGAGCUCAGAUACAAAAAGCUCUUCAAGACAUAAUGGCCCUGCUAUCGAAUGAUGCAAAAACCUCGCCUUCCUCCAAAGUCACCAACCAGCCGCAGUUCAAGAAGCUCCGCUGAGUACAGCUGGACAGAAUACACAGAUAUAAGCCUUUAGAACCAGCCAGCCUGUGAUAGGAGAGGAUCAGUUAAUAUUAGGCCAGGUAUGACAUUCCUAUUAUAAAGAAAUAAUUCCACAGAUAUUAGGUUUUACAAGGUCUUAUUUUAGACUAAAUAUUCAAAGUUGUGGCAAAUAUGUAUUUCAGCUUGGAAUAAUAUUUUUAAUCAUAAUAUGUAAGGGGUUAUGUUUUUUUUUGUAAAGCACUGAAAGAACAAACAACAGUGAGCCAGCAGACUGUAAGCACAUGUCCAUAAGACCUACUACAUACAGAGUUGUUAGACUAAUACUGCUAAGUAAUAGCAAAAGUUCUCUGUUUCCUUUAAAUCUAACAAGCUAAUGUUAGCUCUUGGAUUAGCCAUGCUAACUGCUCAAGAGUCUUGCAAUUUCUGUUUUUAACUCUGAUGCAGCUGAAGCCACAGGAUGAUGUGAUGACUUUCAUUAGAUCUUAGAUGUGGCCCAUCUCUGAUCCAGAGUCAGAGGAACAAAGAUUAGUUUCUUCAGGGAACAAUCAAAGUGAGAAAGCAGCCACAAGCACUAUUCUUACUUCUUCAGAGGAUGAAUUUAAUCAGGGAAAAAUAUACUCACCUUCCAGCUUUUUAGAUAUGCCUUGCUUGUUCAUACUUAGACCCUUCUACUUUCCAAAGUGUUUUAAAUCUUCACAGCACAGAUUCAACAUCUCAAAAAUAUUUUUGCUGACAUUUUGGUCCAUAUUUGACGUGAUAACAUUACAUAGUGACCGCAAAGUUUUCAGCUGCACAUCUGAAAUAUUAAUCUCACAAACCACCACAUCCCAUAGGUGCAUUGUCAGCGACAAUAGGUAGGCUGUGGUGUUUAAACCAAAAGUGUAGCAAGAAAUGAUCCCCCACACCAUUAUACCACCGCCACCACGGGCCGGAACCUUCGUUGUUUAGCCCAUAUGCUGACCCAGUCAUCUUAAUGUUUUAACUUAAACGUCAGGCACUAGGCUGGACAAUGACCAAUUUUUAUCUUGACACAAUACAGAGCCAGUAGGGUAAAUGAGGUAAAAUCUCCAAAGCUCACUGCGAGACGGGCAUCUUAGUGUCACCUAGUUUUACCAGGUUUGGUUAGAUGAGACUAAGAGUGAGACUUUCAGCAACACACACUGCUGGAGGGGUUGACUUAAAA